AAUGUCGGAGGCGUAGAACUUCCUAAGGGGAACGCCUAUCUUUGUCUUGACGUAUACGCAUUUGUUCACUUGACUGAUUGUGAGGACGCAAAUGGCCACGUACGUCUGUGCUUACGAAGCAGAAUGAAGCAUCUAAUCGAUUAAGUCAGUUACCGAAUAGAGUGCAAUCGCAAAUUUGCGCUCGCGAGUGUACAAACGCAAAUUACGAAUUCUGUUACUAUAGGAUUGCAACAUGAUUAAAUAUGUUGUAGGGGAGUGUUCUGUGAGUGAAUUUCCCGCAAGAAUUAAAAGUUGGGGAUGGCAUUGGUUUAAGAGGAGAUAUAGUACAUUAAAGUAAUUUGUAAAUGAUGGCAUUAAUGAUAUAAGAGAUAUAUGAAGUGAUUUUCAUUGAAUGUUACACGAAGAUUUCUUAGGCCCGUGGGGCCUGUUAAUUAUAAUUGUGAUAGGAGUAGGAAUCAUCUUGAUCGCGUUACUCCUGUUCGUCUGUUUUCUCAUGCCCGGUUGUAUCGGCUAUGAAUACUUCAGAAAACAACGCAAAGAAGUUAAGAGCGUGCCUCUGCAAACGAAGAAUCAAGAGAAGAACUUAAAAUUAAAUGACAUCAGUUAUAGAUCUUGGAGACUUGGUAGUCUAUACGAAAAUGACAGUAAUGGUGUUAUUAGUGAAAAUGCAGAAUCUCAGAGAAAUUCGUUCAAUUCUACCACUGCUCAGUAUAAAAAUAUGGAUUGUUCUUCUACACUGAAUUUGAUUUAUCCAGAUAAACAGAAAAAUGAUAAAAAGAUGAAAGAGUUUCCGAUCGAAUUGACAAUGAGCUUGCAAUAUUUGCCACCCUGUGAUAAUAUUAUCCCCGGAAAACUCGUUAUCGGUAUUGAAGCGCUAUGUGGUCUUCCUCCUAAACAAUAUAACGGAACAUUGGAACCUUACGUUGUAUUGAAUAUUAUGAAACAGUCAUGGAGCUACAAAAAGCGGCAAAAAUUGCAUAGUUUUAGAACAAGGGUGAUCAAGCAUACUGCCAGUCCGAUUUACAAAGAGACUUUUGUUAUUGCAAAUAUAAAGCCACAGGAAGCUAAGGAAUGGAUAUUAGAUAUCACUGCGUAUGAUCAUGAUAGAUACGCAAAUCACACAGAAUUAUGUUCGCUUAAGGUAUUGCUAAAAAAUAUGAAGAAGAUAUUUUACAACCCGGAAAUUCACAUGUUUAAUUAUAAAAUGAAGCCGUCCUAUCAGGAAUUUGGCCACAUUUUGUUAGCUGUAAGCUAUCUACCCACUGCAGAAAGGCUAACUAUUAACAUUAUGAAAUUACGCGAUAUUAAAUUUAUAUCAACUGGGUUGAGUUUAAAUGAAUUUAAUCCAUACGUUAAAGUAUUAAUGUUAAACGGAAAGACGGGUAAAAAAAUGAAGAAAAAGAAGACCAAAUAUUUGUGUACGAUUGCACAACCAGAAUUUAAUGAGACAUUGACGUUUAACUUACCAGUUACACAACUCGAUACUGUCCAAUUUUUAGUGGUGCUUUGUGGCAAGGUUUUACCAGAAGGAUUAUCUGCCAAUACCGUCGACGCUAGUGACAGUGAAGAUUCUGUCAGUUCGUUCAAAAAGUCUACCGAUAUUUUUAUCGGUAAAGUGGCUCUUGGAAAAGGUGUGAGAGGUUCGACCGAAAGAUUACAUUGGUUCUCAGUGCUUCAAAAUCCAAGAAAACUUGUUACUGUCUGGCAUACUUUGAAAUAA